AUGGACAGCCCUUCCCAAGCCGUCAAGGAGCCCGGCCAGACCAAAGGCAGGGAGGAGGCCGGACCUUUCCGGGGGGGGGGGGUUCCCAGACGUUAUACGCUGAUUGGACCUGGCCUGUUGGGAUGGGGGCGGGCUCUGCGUUACCACGGCGCCGAACUACGGGUGCAGGGAGGGGAGGGCAGCGUCGGGAUGUGUCUCCUGCUCGGAGCCGCGGGUGUCGGGAAGACCCUGCUGGUGAAGCGACUGCAGAAUAUCCUUCCGCGCCGGGCAGGGGGCGGGGGUGGGCGGCGCGGGGUCCCUCCGGUCGGUCCCGCCGGCGACCUGCCCUGUUACAUGAGUGUGGAGGAGAUGAAGUCAUUAAUGAGGCUCCCAGACAUCAUCGCCCGCGCCAAGCAGAAUAUCACCACGGCGGAAAUCAGUGCCCGUGUAGGCACCGGCUUGGCAGGGGUGCUGCGCUGGCUCCGAGACACCCACAGAACCAGCCGUUGACGGCCAGGUGGGGUGAUUUGACUGGCUCGCUCUGCAGUGGGGCCGAGGGGGAUGCUGCCAGGGCUGCAGGGUUGGUUCUUGUAGGGGCAGAAUGACCCAUCUGAGCCCCAGAAGAUAGUUCUGUGCUUAGUUGCAGUGACAGGUAAACUGAGGCACCCAAAACACAGAUGCUCCAAACAAGCAGCCUCGGAGUGAUGCUC